AUGCAGGCAGUUCUUCGUUCCCGAGUAAUAAGACCAGCUAUUGCCCAGUCCGCCCGCCUCUCGUCCGCACAAGUCAUCCAACGUUUCCCGAAAGCCGUCCUCUCCACGUCGAUUCGCAACAUGUCCGACCUCACUACUAUCAUCGCCAAGGACAUUGUCCCGCCUGUUGGCCCUUACUCCCACGCUGUCAAGACACCUACAGCAAUCUACUGCUCGGGACAGAUUCACUUGGACCCUCAAGGAAACAUGAUCUCUGGCACCAUUACCGAGAAGACUGCGUUGUGCUUGAAGAACCUGGAGGCUGUACUCAAGGAGGCCGGCAGCUCCAUCCAGAAGAUUGUCAAGGUCAACAUCUUCUUGGCCGAUAUGGCUGAUUUCGCCGAGAUGAACAAGGAGUACGAGAAGUGGAUGGUCCACAAACCCGCUCGAAGCUGUGUUGCUGUCAAGACACUUCCCAAGAAUGCCGAUGUCGAAAUCGAGGCUAUUGCUUUGCCCUGA